UUCGCCACCAGCAGAUACGUACAUGUACUGCAGUUUUUAUUCAAACUGCUAGAGGUCGCCCUCAAAAGGCGUUCUCGUACUCAGGUUCCUAAAUGGUGACAUGGGAACGAGAUCUCCUUCCCAUCAUUCUUCACUCCCUACCAACGAAACCAAACAUUUCCGGUCGAGCUUCGUUGAUUUCUCCACAUUUACAGCGCUUUUAGACCGCGUACGAAGACACUAAUAAGACACAAUGGACGACUUUCAAACAGGAGAAGAGACAGCCUUUGUAGUGGAUGAAGUCAGCAACAUCAUCAAAGAGUCUGUUGAAGGUGCCAUCGGUGGCAAUGCCUACCAACACAACAAGGUGAACCAGUGGACAUCCAAUGUGGUGGAGCAGUGCCUGAACCAGCUUACAAAGCUUAACAAACCAUUCAAGUACAUAGUGACCUGUGUCAUCAUGCAGAAGAACGGUGCAGGGCUGCACACAGCCAGCUCCUGCUUCUGGGACAACACCACUGACGGUAGCUGUACAGUGAGGUGGGAAAACAAGACCAUGUACUGUAUCGUCAGUGUUUUCGGUCUGGCCAUCUGAGCUGACUUCAACCCACAACAUUCUACCAUUAUAGCUUCCACACAUAACCAUCGUCGAUCAAUGUCCAAGUUUAGGGGAUCUGUACAGAAUUUCUACGUUCACUGCUUGUCAGAGAUAGCUGUCUUCAGCCAGAAAUGUAGUCACAAGUUUGACUCAUGUUGAACUUUUGUGCUUCAACUGGCUUAGUUAGCUGUCCUGACUGUGUGUUUAUAUCAAUCUAUUAAUAAAGGGUUUUAUUCAUUAGUAUAUUGACUACGUUAACCUGCUAUUUCUAACAAGAUUGACAUUUGUAUGGCUUAAUAAGUACUACUGGCGGUGGUGUGUUUAGCUACCUAUUAUUAUUACAUGCACAUAUAUAGGUCAAAGUCCACAAAAUUGUGUUUUAUGUGGCUAAUUCAGAGAAUAUAUUCUCCACCUAUUACUAGCAUAUAGAAUAUGUAUUAUGAAAUGUUGAUAUCCCAGUAGUUUUGAUUACUUUGUUUCACCACUAUAACCUCCUUGGUUUCACAUACGUCUUUUAGACAACAAAUCGUUUGGUGUGUACUUACAAUGUAUUACAUACAUAAAGCUACACAAGUUUCAACUUGAUGUCAGUGCCUUUCUCACUGCUGUAUCAUGCCUUCAAUAGCAAAAAACAUACUACCACAAAUGUUGACUUGUCAUUCUAUAUGCAGUGACAGAAUUGCUACCCUUACUUUUAUCUGUUAGGAUAAAUUGAAAGUUUCAAUGGUUGCAAAAUAUUAUCUUAGUUGUCACACUAUAUCUAUAGUACAUGACAAGUGGUUGUGCUUUAUAUAGUGUGUGACUAUAUAGCAUAAGUUGAUACAGCACUGGAUUUUGGCUGUCAAACAUUUCUGUGUGCAGUUUUGGAAUAUAUAUAACAUGAUGCUUUACGCAUCCUGAGAUGUAGCCUUGGCCAAUACAUUAUACACCACCUACAACUCUAUCCUGGUAUUUUUGGUUUAAAUGCAAACUUUGGCAUUUGAUAUGCACUGUUUUUUGUUGUGUACCAGUUUCAGUAGAAAGUCAUUGAAGAAUGUUGGACUGAAAGAAUCUGGUGAAAUCUGGAUAUCCAAGUUAGACCAUCUGUACAACUAUUCAAACCAUCUCUGACUCCUUACAGCUUUUAGCAGUGUUAGAUUCUGGGUUGUGUUGGGAUGUUUCUUUGCUAGAAGGAGAAACAAUUUUUUUGCACCUUUUUUCUCAAGUGUGUUAUUCAUUUCAUAGCACUUCCCGAUCUUGUUUGUUCUUGGUUUCUGUAAAUAUAGCAUAGUGCUGCAUUAUAGAUGCCAGCUGAAUGAAAUGGUUAGAAUAAAAACUGUACAACCUCA